GUGAUCCAAACCUAAAAAACAGUCUGCCAUGUUCUCUUGCUAAUGAUUAUUGUCUUUAGUCCAUUUUGUGCUGCCUUUUCCAGCACAUAUGGGAGGGGACUUUGCUGAAAAAUUCAAAUGUUGAGGUGUUGAAAAGGUUAGAAAAGGAGGAAUAGAGGAUGUCUCUGCUCCAUUUGUUGUCUGACCAGGCUGAAAAAACGCAAAUGUUCAAAAUGAAGCUUUACGGAGCUCUGAUUUUCCUUCUGACUGUCUCUGCUGCAUAUGGAUUGAAAUGUUACCAGUGCAUCAAUGCUAAACCGGAAUCCUGUAAAUCCAUUGAAUCCUGUACGAAUGGUACCAACCAGUGCUACUCCAUAAAAGUACCUGUUCUGGGCACUGUCACAAAGGGAUGUAAACCGUCCGCUAUACCAUGCAUAAGUCCUACUACUUGCUGUGAAGGGAACCUGUGCAAUGGAGCCACACCAACAGCUCCCGGUGUCUACCUGCUGCUGAUGUCUUCUGCUCUCUUCGUGCUCUCCAUUUCAGGCCCUGGGUUGGUUCUGUAACACUUAAUCGUGUAGAUU